UUGAAAAACAAGAUUGGAUCAUUUCCGGUCGUCUCGGGCGCUUUGACGCAAAUCUGGCGCUGUAAUAACCGGAUAACGGGAACCGAGAAGGAGGACGGCAGCAAAACGGAUCAGUCGGACGGUCGUGUGUGUUUCUCCUGUUGUGUAACGCAGGCCUGUAGUUCCCCCUCCAGGCGGAGCGGCUCCUUCUCUCCUCUUUGUCUGCUUUCUGCUCCUCGGAGGUGGGACCGGAGCGCGGCUCGGCGGCGGAGGACCUGCACAUGUCGGCUCCGUUUGUUUCUCCGCCCUGAUAUCGGCUGGAGGACGGCAGCGGGAGGAGGAGCAGGUGGAGAACAAUCACCGAGCCGCAGGGAGUCAAAUAGAAAAAUAUAAACGUGUUAAUAGGAGAAGCGGCUGAGACAAUCAGGAGAGGAUGCGAUAAAACAAGAGAGAAGGACACCAGUGAUGCGGCAGCCGAGGUGGGCCCAGAUUGAUGAUUUUAUGAUAUCAUCAUCCACCGCCAGGACCGGAUCCGAUUAAUAAGGAGGAUAAACCACAAACUGAUCGGGAAUCUGUGUUUUUUUCUCUCUCUCUGGGACAACCAGGAGGCGCUUUGCGGGUUUUCUUCGUCAGGCUGUUAUUAUCCUGAAUGAACAUCCACGUUUAGGCCGAUGACCGAGUCUGGAGCCUGUGUGACGCCAGUACAGCAGCAGAGGUGUGUGUCUGAGCAUCACUGGGAAGGAGCCGCCAGCCCAUUUCCAUCUGUGCGGAAAACAAACCAGGAGAUUCAGGCGAUGCGGUCAUCAGUCCGGCUCUCAUAGAGGCGCAAAUCAGGACUGGACCUCCAGAGAUAUUCCUCCCCCCUUCUGCGCAUUUCCAUCCUAAUCAACUGAUUAUCCAUCUGUGAUUCACAAAGCCACCCACUCCAUCUAUUCAUCCAUUCAUCCAUCCAUCCUCCGUUACGCGCUCCACAUCUGCAGCCGUCAUGGAGACCACCAAGCUGCCCCCGUCCAGCCCCUCCUCGCCGACCACCAGCUUCUCGGUGCCGUCCGCGGAGAAGGUGGACGGCUUUCCGCGCAGGUCGAUGCGCAGAGCGCGGCAGAGGAGGUCCCACAGCUCGUCCCAGUUCCGCUACCAGAGCUCCCAGGUGGAGCUCACCCCGCUGCCCCUGCUCAAAGACGCCCCGGUGGCAGAGCUACAUGACCUGUUCUGCAAGAAGCUGCAGCAGUGCUGCGUGCUGUUUGACUUCCUGGACUGCGUGGCCGACCUGAAGGGGAAGGAGAUCAAACGUGCGGCGCUUAACGAGCUGGUGGAGAGCGUGGCCACUAGUAGAGGCGUCCUCAUCGAGCCUCUCUACCCAGAGGCCAUAAAGAUGAUCUCAGUAAACAUCUUCCGCACGCUUCCUCCCAGCGAGAAUCCAGAGUUUGACCCUGAGGAAGAUGAGCCGACUCUCGAAGCCUCAUGGCCACAUCUGCAGCUGGUGUACGAGUUUUUCCUUAGAUUCCUGGAGAGUCCGGACUUCCAGCCAUCCAUGGCUAAACGCUACAUCGACCAGAAGUUUGUCCUACAGCUCCUGGAGCUGUUCGACAGCGAGGACCCCAGGGAGAGGGAGUACCUGAAGACCAUCCUGCACCGCGUCUAUGGAAAAUUACUGGGCCUCCGAGCGUACAUCCGCAAACAGAUCAACAACAUCUUCCUCAGGUUCAUUUAUGAAACUGAGCACUUCAACGGAGUGGCGGAGCUGCUGGAAAUCCUGGGCAGCAUCAUAAAUGGCUUCGCGCUGCCGCUGAAAGCUGAACACAAGCAGUUCCUGGUGCGGGUCCUCAUCCCGCUACAUACAGCAAAAUCCCUCUCCAUCUUCCAUGCACAGCUAGCGUACUGUGUGGUGCAGUUCAUGGAGAAAGACGCUACAGUGACCGAAUACAUCAUCAGGGGGUUGCUCAAGUACUGGCCCAAAACCUGCACUCAGAAAGAGGUGAUGUUCCUGGGGGAGAUUGAGGAGAUACUGGACGUGAUAGAGCCGUCGCAGUUCAUCCGGAUCCAGGAGCCUCUCUUUAAGCAGAUAGCAGCCUGUAUCUCCAGCCCUCACUUUCAGGUAGCGGAGCGCGCUCUGUACUUCUGGAACAACGAGUACAUCCUCAGCCUGAUAGAGGAGAACUGUCAAGUCAUCCUGCCGCUGGUGUUCGCCACGCUCUACAGAGUCUCCAAGGAGCACUGGAACCAAACCAUCGUGUCUCUGAUCUACAACGUACUGAAGACCUUCAUGGAGAUGAACAGCAAACUGUUUGAUGACCUCACUGCCUCCUACAAAGUGGAGAAACAGAAGGAGAUGAAGCGGGAGCGGGAGCGUACCGACCUCUGGCGAGGCCUGGAGGAGUACCAGGAGCGCCGCAUGCAGAUGCUAACGGAGGCCGCCAGGAACCAGCGCAACCUCCAGGAACGGGGCGAGAGAGGAGACCCGCUGAACCCCUCGUCUCCGCAGACGGCCCAGUCCGACCAGCCCGAGCCCAAACCCAGCGGUGCUUCCACCGGAGCUGGGGAGAGCGCCACCUAGGCGCCGCUGCACACAGGAGGGGGAAUACUGGGGAAAGGGUGGUGGGACUUGAGGUUGGUGGUGAAAGUGUUGGGAGGCAGAAAAGGUAUAAAAUCUGUUGUUUUUAUCUUGUAUCAUGGAGGUGGCAGCUUCUUGUACAAAGGUGCGAUCUCUGUGAUGCAAAAGCUGUACCUUCUUUCCGACAGCGUUGUGUGAAACUGGUUCACUUUUAGCUGUACAUGUUGCAGAUCAUAACUCCAAACAGGUGCAGACUGUCACGUUAUUUAAUAUCCUGUUUUGUAAACUGCAAAACUAGAGACAAAAAGAAAGCGUCUCUUUUGGUGUCCAACUCGUCUCGACAUUUGACCAACAGAGUCCGUAUUGUGGCCUCAUCUUAUUCUUUUUGGCCGAAAGAUGCUAACUCCUCGCGUGCAUAGCACAAAAACAGGCGAAGCAAUUUCACACAAAUGUCCCAAAGCGAUCGCUGCACACAGGCAACCCACAAACCUGUAGGUAUUUGCUGUAAAUAUCAGAGGAAGGAGCUGUGGAGACGAAUCUCACACAAACAAAACACCUGCACACACACAGAUUUACUCAGACACAAACAGCCAGUGUGGCGCUGACUCCUCCCACUCUUCUGGGCGCCACCGACGGAGCACCUUAAUGACGAAGGUGAUGACUCUGGUAUAAAGUACAAUAUUGUUCCUUCUUCUUACUUGUUACUCUACUACUACUACUCUACGCUAACUACUACUGAUGAUGAUGUUUUUAUAUAUAUAUAAAUAUAUAUAGAUAUACAUACGUCUGGAUAUUUCUGUAGUGUAUUAUGGGAGAAACACUAGUGUAGCAGAAACCAUAAAAAGGGGAAGGCCGACUGGAAAUGCUAAUUUUUACGCAGUGCGAGGCCAUAAUGCGAGUGCUGAAAUUCAGCAGAAUACCCCUUUAACAGACCUUAAUGAGGGGGAAUGAACUGGACGGGCAGCAGCUGUUUUUCUUUUACUUUGAAAUGUUUGACAUUGGUGACGUGCUGCAAGCAUCAUAGACCAGAUUUGGAUUUUACUACAAACAUAUAUGUAUGGGAAAAUCCAAGCACAUUCUUGCUCUUUUUCUAUAAUUGAAGAGAAAAAGUAACAGCAAAAUAAUGUGAAUAAAAUACACUUACAGAAUCAAUCAGUAGGAAGUGUGGCCAUUUCUAUAAAGCAGGAGUUUUAUCAAGUUUUUAGGUCUGGAUCAAGAUGGUGGGUGCUAAUUAACACAAUGCCAAAUCAGAAAGAGAUCAGCAGUGACCUUAGAGAAGCGAAAGUGUUGCACUCCCUUCCCUACGGAAGCACAUAACUGCCAGAUCUUGGAAAGAAAAUUAGGAGCAAUAUCCAGUUAAAACGAAAGUUUUUUGUGAUUAAAUCAAGAAGUUUUAUUUCUUGUUAUAAGGAGAUGCAAAAUGUGUUAAUAUGAGAAAAUGUCUUGUUAAAACAAGAAAUCUUUGUCAUUGUAACAAGAUGCAAAACUUGUUAAAACAACAAAAGUUUGUCAAUAAUAAGAUGCAAAAAUGUUACAAUGAGAAAGUUACUUGCUAUAUAAUAAGAUGAGUUUUAUAUCAUGUAAAAGAAAAUGUAAAACUUGUUAAAAGGAGAAAGUUUCUCACAUGUAAAAACGCUUUUCUGACAGAUUACGUCUCGUUAAAAAGGCGUGAAGUGUCUCACUACAACUCUCCUUACACUUUUUCCACUGGAUGGCUUUUAAAAAUCUCAAGAUAUGUUGCUAUUCACUGUCACAACCUUUCUUACUUAAAUGAGAAGAUAUUUUGGUUUUAAUAAGAUUUGAAUGUUGUUAUAAUAAGAUUUGGAUCUUGUUAUAACAAAAACGUUUUCUUGAUUUAACAAGAUGCUACUCCUGAAUUUAUUUCCAAGUUCUGGCAGUUAAAAAUUUCCGUACUCCUCAACAAAACAAAGUUAAACAAAAUGUGUAUGGAAAGAAUGACGAGCGCAUAAUUUAGGCUUCGAUGGCGUUUUAUCAGUUUGUGUUAAACAUCAUGCCAAGUCCGUAAGACAUCAGAAAUGACCUUGAAGAUGCUAAAUUUGCAUCUCCAAGGUGGACGCUUAGAAAAUUUUUAUUUUUUUUUUCCUAAGUGUCCUCCUUCAUUUUAAAUUCAGCACUGCUUAUGUAUUCAUUGUCACUCCAUGUUCUGUCCUAAAGGUACAAUCCAUUUGCACAAAAGAAACAGUUCUUAAAAUCAUCUACAAAGCGCAACAUAUUUAUUUAUAUUAAUUAAAAUUGCUUUAAGAGGACUGAUUGUCCUAGACAAUGUAAUAAUUCUCUUAAUGAAUUCUAAGUGUCAUAAUUUAGUUUGAAGAUUAUAAUUCAGUGGAAUUGUAUUGGACUCAAGAUAAUGUUAGAUAUUUCCGCUGUUGAUGCAACCUCUGAAAGACCUAUCAAAUGUGAUUAAAUUGUUUUUGUCUUCAUUUAUCUUAUUCCUUUUAGGCCACAUAUUAUUUUUAUGAUAACAAUGAAAUACAAAAAGGGAAAAAAAGAGAUAAAAAUUCCCUCCCAGUAUUUAUUUUAGCACAAGUGCAAAACAUACAAGUCAUGCUGCAUGCAUGUUAGCUAGGUGCCAUCUUCUUCACCCCAUCCUGGAUGAAACGCAGCCGUCUCUCUACUGCCACCAGCUGGUAAAGUGGCGGAAAUGCAGCUAUCGCCCAACUUACUAAUAAAACAGUUUGCUGCUCUGCUCUAAUUAGGAUGAACUCAUUAUGGGAACAAUAGUUGAUUUAACCCAGUAGUUUGCUUAAGCAGGUCUAUAACAAAUGAAGCACACCACAGCGGUUUCAAACUAAAAGGAAAAAAAAAAGCGCUGCAGUCCGGUUGGAUUUCCGAACCCGGAGCGUCUGUAAGUCCGGCCAACCUGAAGCUGCUAGAAGGUGACCGUGGAGAUGAAAACAUUUUUCAUUGUGAAUCAACAGAAUCAUUGUUCAUUCUUGUCUGAUCAUUAAAAUAGAGUAGUGGGAUGAAGAGAGGGGAGAAAAACAGAAAAAAGUUAUUUUAGCAAUAUUUUCAUUCUUUCAGGAUAAUCUGUGUGUUUGUAGGGAGUCAGACAGGAUAAAAGAAACUCUUGUUUUAUCUCCUGCUGCGUCCGUGAUAUUCACAUUGUCUUAAGGUACAUUAUUUGUAAAUUUGACGAGAAAUGAUUUUGGUUUGUAAUUAUGUUGUUUAUUUUAUUGUCUUUUUGUAUGACUUUGUUCAUUUUGUGGGGGGAAAAAAUCAAUUCUGAUGUUAUUUAUUUUCUAUUUGAUCAGGAAAUGUAACCUUAUUUGGAGGUGAUGUUCAGGUUGUGGAUGUGUGUGAGUGAGUGAGUGUGUGUUUUCAGUGAGAGAAUCGGUGAGCAGAAGACGAGCAUAGAAAGAGUGACAGAUUGAGAGGAAGAAGCAGAUUUCUCUUUGUUUCGUUUUCUCUCUCCUCUCCUUUUUUUAAGGGAUUGGGGGUUUGAUUCUCGAAUGUACCGCACGAUGUAAGUGAUUGUUUCUUUUUUUAAAUGCUAAAAACGCAGAGCUACCUGUCAGCUGCUUUGUGGCAAACCUUCAGAAACUCUGACAAACACACACCAGAUCAAGCCUGAAUCAAGAAAGUUGUGAAAUUCAUUUUAUUUACAUCUUUAGGAGUAAAGUUUCCACUUUCAUUGGGUGAAGAAGGACUUCAACUAGUCUUGUUUUAUCAACAUCACCCAAAAUUAAGCUCAAUUCAGCCUCUUUAUAUUAUUCCAGUUCAUUGCAAAUAUCAUCCUGGUCACUUAGCCUUUUAAACAUUUUGUACCAUUGCAGCUCUGGUCGUUUCAUACCGUAUUUUGUAAAUCACAACAUGGUGGCGUCUCCCACAGAACAUUUUGUUUCAAACAGUUUUUUCUAAAGUCUUUGACAUCCAACUAGUCGGCUGUAAGGUGUUUUUGUGACUUCAACAAGCGGGCCAAUUGGGGAUCAGAACCAAAAUAUAUGGAAACAGGGUGCAACACAAAGCUUUUAGAUCACAUUAAACAAUUAAAUGGAAUUACAUUUGACAUUUGAACAUUUUUAUGACAGUUUAUCUAAAAAGGUCAUGAAAAUACAACAAUGAAACAUAAACUGAUGGUGUAACCUCCAGCUACCUGAAUUUAUUUACAAGCAUAUACAUAUUUUUUGUCUGUUUUUGUGUCAAACUCAUCCUUAAUUAAGCUGAGAUUUAUCAUUAGAAUGUAGCGCAUAUAGAAUAAGUAUAAAUAUGGAUAAUUGCAUGCUAAUUUUCCCAAAUUAGGCCCAAUUUGGCAAAACUCACCACUAGGUGGCAGCAAAGAUGAUUCCAAUGUGAUAUUUAAAAUGUUUUGAGUUUUAAUCAACAGAAACCUUUGGUAUCCAUACGCCAGCUGUGUGGUGGUCUGAGGUUUAUUCAAAAUAAUAUAGUGUAAGGUCAAAAGCUACAAAAUUGUUGUUUUUUUUUUACAGGGAAGAAGUUGGGGAAGGAUAGCAUGAACCGGCAAUACUUUGGGAGAAAAUGUGGAUACAAAUUGGUGAAUGGGGUGAUUUGAUUAGAUUAAUUUCAUUCUAAAGAAUUGAAAUAAAUCUGAUUACAUUCAAUCAAAUUUAGUCAGGUUACAUAUAUUAGUGGUCAGUUGCAAUUUAAAAUACAAAGAAAGUUGUUUUACUAUCCAGCGUAGUUAAGCACUUUAACACAUAGUCAACAGAGACCCUAACCUCAGAUUUAGAUGCAAUAAACUCAUAAUCCAAACAGCAAAUAGCCAAUUUAUUGAGCUGCAUAACUAACAGCUUUCUGGGUAGAGUUGUAGUAGGGUUUGUUAAAACUCCAUAACUUCUCCAUCUAUCGAGUCAGAGAAUAAAAAUUUGUAAAGUAAUGCAUGAAACACCUUUUUUUAUGUGAAAACACACCAUAGCAUUUCUUGUUUCUUGUUUCUCAGUGGAGUUCCAGGUUUUGUCAACUUCAGGUUUCACUAAGAACUUUGUUGAUCUUACCUCACAAAAUGAUCCACUGGUAAGAUGUUGACAGCUGAUGCAACUCUACAGACCGCACUUCAAAAUAAAACCAGGAUUAUUAUCCCUUUAAGAUUCUGGUUGAGGUAAAACAUCAAGAAAAAACAAAAAAAUAUCCAAACAUAAGCAACAGACAUUUAAUUAUCUGAGUCAAAACAACGAUUACAUUAAAAAUGAAUCAAAUGUUGACCUAGAUAAUAUCAUUUUGAUUCCUACAAAGCUUUUAAUAGUAGGCAGGAAAAUGUUUUUAAAGUACAUUGGUGAACUCAACACAUACAGUUAUAUCAUUACCUCAUAACAGAAUCUGGAAAAACCUGCAUGGCAGUUUUAAGUCAAAUGUUAAUGAAUGAUGUUGCUGUUAUAAUAAAAGUGUUAAAAAAAACUUUUUCUCUAACCUGGAAACAUUCAGAUGGAUUUCAAACUUUGUCUUGAUUCAGGAAAGCAACUAGUAAAAAACACAACUGAUGUAAGCCAAGACAAAAGUCUCACCUUUCUGGCAUAAACAUUUUUUUUUGACAUUUUUAUUUAAAUUUUUUAUAUUCUUUUGACUUGAAAACUAAAAAAAACAAAACAAAAAAAAACAACAUUUGCCUGUUUCUGUCUCCAGGAAAACAAAACCCCAGCUCUCACUGCUCUCAGAUUUUCUGAGUAUUUGAUAAAUUCACCUUAAUCCAGCCCUAAUCCAAGACUAAAAGUGAGAGAGGAGAGGGGAGUGUUUUCAGAGCGCACCCAACAGGCAGACAUCUCAUGUUGAUUUCACUGACUGUCAUAUUUCUAUAUUUUGGCCAUGUUUAUUGAGCCAAAUUACAUUUGAAAAAUGCUUUAAAUCAGAGGGGUGACGCCAUGGGACUGAAUGAUAACAGGCAGUAAGGACUAAGCAAAAGGAGAAGAGACGGAAAGAGUUUAUACAUGAAAGCACGGCAAUAAGUCAGAGCAACAGAACGAGAAUAUAAUGUUAAUAAAAACUACAACUGCGUUACGUAGCAAUUUCACAGAACGUCUAGAUUUGCACUGUCUGCCCAAUGAUCUGUGUUUGUUUUGUUGAUGAUAAAAACAAUAGAGAGGAUGAUAGAGAGGUUGGAAAAGAUGUAUAUUUUGGGGACCAACACGUCAGUGGGAGGGAGGGGGGUUUGAAUGUAGAGAAGCUUACUACUGUACGUAAUAACAUAACAGGGGGACGUAGACUGGAGAAAAAAAACAUCUAUGUGCUAAAAAAACAAAAUGAAAUUUCACUUUGAGAAAACA